UGUGUAUAGUCGCCAUGUUUCUCCUCAUCAUUCCUGAAUCACACUGAGCGGCGGCGGGCAGAUGAGAGAGAAUCACCCCGUCACCCCGCAUCCACACCAUCCUCCUCCUCCUCUUCCUCAUCUUCACCCCAUCAUCAUCAUCUUCCUCUGACGGACUUCAUCCCGUGGGCAGGACUUAUUUUUGAGGAAUUAUUAACGGGAAAAGGACUAUGGAAAACUAAGCGACGCUCAAUCGGUGCCUUUGGGGAACUUCGCUAAACUCAAAUUCGCGGACGUAAACAUAUUUUAUCCAUCUUUUCCACACACGUAAUGUCUAAAUGUCACAUUUGGGGGGCGUGUCACGUUAUUUCUGUUUGUUUUGAGGACAAUUUUCUCUCAGGAUGAGAUAAAAAUCUGUUAGCUUGCUAGCCGAACGUCUUUAUUAGCCUGAUCAUUAGCAUCAGUUAUUUUAACCCGUUAAAGUUGAACAAACUGGGAAUGUGUUUAAGUCUAUAUACUUGACAUGGUUUGACACUAGUACUUGGUAAUAUUAAUACUCGAUUUUUAAUUUUUUUGUAUUUAUAUAAGAGGAAAACAGUUAAGAUACAUUGUGUCGCGAGAAUGUUGUUAGCUCGUUAGCUUGAGUAGCUACAGAGAAGGCACUUAAAUGUAUGUAAGUUAAAUUAAUAUUUACAAAUUUACAGUUUUGAACAAAAGUGCGAGGUCUUUUUGGAUAAAUGGCUUAAACUGUCAUUUUCCCCCUCAUUUGGUGGUUUGUUGUUCACUGAGUACAUAGUACAUUAAAAAAGAUGUAGUGAGAAGUUUUAUUAUGGUAUGAAAUUAAAAUUCGUUUUGAGUUUACUGCAGUUUUGUGACUGCAUUUUCCUGUGAUGAUGGGUGGUUUAUAUUUAUAGCUAUUUACAGAUCCCCUCCAAAGAGUUCUCGCGUAUUUGCAUCUAUUUUAAUAACAUCACACUACAUAUUUUGGACUGACACUCCUAUUGAACCAUGUCUGGAGAAGUGCGUUUGAAAAAGCUGGAAAAACUGAUUCUGGAUGGUCCUGUCCAGUCCAAUGGACAGUGUUUUAGUGUGGAAACUCUUCUGGAUGUUCUCAUCUGCCUUUAUGAUGGCUGCAUCAACUCCCCACUCAGAAGAGAGAAGAACAUUGCUGAGUUUUUGGAAUGGACCAAACCGUUCACCUCUAAAGUGAAACAGAUGCGAUUGCACAAGGAGGACUUCGAGAUCCUGAAGGUCAUUGGUCGAGGAGCUUUCGGCGAGGUAGCAGUUGUAAAGGUGAAAAGUUCAGACAAGGUGUUUGCCAUGAAGAUCCUCAACAAGUGGGAGAUGCUGAAAAGAGCAGAGACAGCGUGUUUCCGGGAGGAGCGGGAUGUGCUGGUAAAUGGAGACUGUCAGUGGAUCACCAGACUGCACUACGCCUUUCAGGAUGACAACUUCCUGUACCUGGUGAUGGACUACUACGUGGGUGGUGACCUCUUGACCCUUCUCAGCAAGUUUGAGGACCGUUUGCCAGAAGACAUGGCUCGAUUCUACCUGGCCGAGAUGGUUCUAGCAAUCGAUUCUGUGCAUAAGCUCCACUACGUCCACAGAGACAUCAAGCCAGAUAACAUUCUGCUGGAUGUGAACGGACACAUUCGACUGGCUGAUUUUGGCUCCUGUCUUAAACUCACGGAGGAUGGAACGGUGCAGUCCUCCGUCGCUGUGGGUACCCCAGACUACAUCUCUCCUGAGAUCCUGCAGGCCAUGGAGGACGGGAAAGGGAAAUAUGGGCCGGAAUGUGACUGGUGGUCGCUGGGCGUCUGCAUGUAUGAGAUGCUGUAUGGGGAAACUCCUUUCUAUGCAGAGUCCCUGGUGGAAACGUAUGGCAAGAUUAUGAACCACAAGGAGCGGUUCCAGUUUCCUGCUCAUGUGACGGACGUCUCUGAAAAUGCCAAAGACCUGAUCCGCAGACUCAUCUGCUGCAGAGAGCACAGGCUGGGUCAGAACGGCAUUGAGGACUUCAAACAGCACCCUUUCUUUUCCGGCAUUGACUGGCAGAACAUCCUCAAAUGUGACGCCCCCUACAUCCCUGAAGUCAGCAGCCCAUCUGACACAUCAAACUUUGAUGUGGAUGACGACUGCCUCAAGAACACGGAGACAAUGCCACCUCCUUCCCACACCACCUUCUCAGGACACCAUCUCCCAUUUGUAGGUUUCACCUACACUAGCAACUGUACGCUGUCUGACCGCGGUUGCCUGCGGGAGUCUGCGGCAACUGCACAAAUGGAUGUGUCCGUGCAGCGCGGCCUGGAAGACAGUCUGGCUACUGAGGCGUACGAAAGGAGGAUCCGCCGUCUGGAGCAGGAGAAGCUGGAGCUCAGUCGCAAACUACAAGAGUCCACAAAAACGGUUCAGGCACUGCAAUACUCCAGCGGGGACGGGCCUGUUUCCUCCAGCAGAGAGUUUGAGAUCCGUGGACUGAAGGAGGAGAUAGAAAUGCUGAGGAAACAGAUCGCAGAUACAGUACAGGUGGAGCAGCAGUUCGAACAGGCCAGUUCUGCCCGCAGGGAUCUGGAGGACUCCUCCAAACAGAUCCGAUCUCUGGAGAAACAGCUCAAGAGCAUGAAGCAGGAGAGAGAUGACCUGCAGAAGAGUCUGCAGGAGUCCUCAGAGAAGCUGAAGACUCAGGGCAAGGAGCUGAAGGAGGCGGACAGCCAGAGGAAAAUGGCCAUGCAGGAGUUUGCCGAGGUGAGCGAGAAGGUGACAGAGCUGCGGUCAUACAAGCAACGGCUCUCCCGACAGCUCCGGGACAAAGAAGAGGAGAUGGAUUCCCUCAAUCAGAAGGUGGAGGCGCUGCGGCUAGAAGUGCGCAAAGCUGAGCGGGCCAAGAAAGAGAUGGAGGCCCAGGCUGAAGAGUUUUCUGCUGAGGCUCAGAAAGAGAAGAAGCUGAGGGAACGCAGUGAGCAGUACAGCAGACAGCUGGAGGAGGAGCUGGAGGGAAUGAAGCAGAAGCAGGUGGGCCGCUCUCCAAGCGUUGGGUCAUCUGAGCAGCACCAGGAGCUCAGUAAAUUACGAGCAGACCUGGAGAACAAGACCGCUUUCUAUGAGGAAGAGCUGUCACGCAGAGAACAACAACAUGCCAACGAACUGAAGAACCUGAAGAAGGAGCUGCGGGAGUCAGAGGGACAGCAGCUCACCUUAAAGAAAGAGAUCAUGAUGCUCAAAGACAAGCUGGAGAAGACCCGCCGAGAGAGUCAGAGCGAUCGAGAGGAGUUUGAGACCGAUUACAAACAGAAGUACGAGAGAGAGCGAGUGCUGCUGUCAGAGGAGAACAAGAAACUUUCCAGCGAACUUGACAAGGUGAACAUGCACACACUGUUAGGGCUAUUGAGCUGCAGUAACAAACAGCUGGAGGAGGAGAUGAGAGAAGUGGCUGAUAAGAAAGAGAGUGUGGCCCACUGGGAGGCCCAGAUCACAGAAAUCAUUCAAUGGGUCAGUGAUGAGAAAGACGCUCGAGGUUAUCUGCAGGCUUUGGCCACUAAGAUGACAGAAGAACUGGAAGGCCUGAGGAACACCAGUCUGGGUGCACGUGCUACUGACAUGCCCUGGAAGGUGAGACGUUUAGCUAAGCUGGACAUGUCUGCUCGUCUGGAGCUGCAGUCUGCACUUGAUGCCGAAAUUAGAGCCAAACAAACCAUCCAGGAUGAGCUCAACAAAGUCAAGGCGUCACAUAUGGCCACUGAGUGCAAGCUGGAGGAGUCAGAGAAGAAGAAGCAGGACCUGCAGGCAGAGAUCCAGAGGCUGAAACAGGAAACUGAGAGUCUGCGCAUAUCCAAAGGGGUCAAGCACCAAGACUCCCAGAAUUCCUUCCUGGCAUUCCUGAAUGCUCCAACCUCGGCCCUGGAUCAGUUUGAUCGCUCCACUGCCUGUGGGUCGGCCGGCAAAGGCAGACGUAUCGACUCCAUCGAUAACUUCAGCCUGUCCAACACACCUUCCUGGGAGGAAGAUGGAAGAUCCCAGGUCACCUCCCACUCUCGCUCACCCUCCACCACAAGUGAUAUGGAGUCUCAAGAGCAGGUAGAUCAGCCACAACGAGGUGCACAAACUCCCAUGCGGUCUGGAUACAGUAGCUCUGGUCACAGCACACCUAAACCAAAAGCCCAUCAGUUUGUGGUGAAGACCUUCAAUACGCCCACUAAAUGUAACCAGUGUACGUCUUUAAUGGUGGGACUUAUCCGACAGGGCUGUACGUGUGAAGUCUGUAACUUCUCCUGUCACGUGACGUGUGCGGACAAAGCUCCUGCUGUGUGUCCUAUCCCACCGGAUCAAACCAAAGGACCACUGGGUAUCGACCCCCAGAAGGGCAUCGGCACAGCUUAUGAGGGCCAUGUCAAGGUACCCAAACCAUUAGGUGUGAAGAAGGGAUGGCAGAGGGCCAUCGCUGUAGUCUGUGACUUCAAGCUCUUCUUAUAUGAUCUCCCAGAGGGCAAAGCUGCUCAGCCUGGUGUCGUGGUGAACCAGGUUAUUGACAUGAGGGAUGAGGAGUUUUCUGUUAGCUCAGUUUUGGCAUCAGAUGUCAUUCAUGCGAAUAGAAAGGACAUUCCCUGUAUUUUUAGGGUGACAGCAUCACAGCUCUCUGCAUCCAGCAAUAAGAAAUGCUCCAUCUUGAUCCUAGCUGACAGCGAUCAGGAAAGAACCAAGUGGGUCGGCCUCCUGAAUGAGCUGCACCGUCUCUUGAAGAAGAGCAAACUGAAAGAACGCUUUGUUUACUUCCCUAAAGAAGCGUAUGACAGUGCACUGCCUCUCAUUAAAUCCACACAGUCUGCUGCUAUUAUAGAUCAUGAGAGGAUAGCCCUGGGCAAUGAGGAGGGGUUGUAUGUUAUUCAUGUUACCAAAGAUGAGAUUAUCAAGGUAGGAGACAAUAAGAAGGUCCAUCAGAUUGAGUUGAUCCCAUCCGAACAGUUGAUCGCUGUGAUAUCGGGCCGAAACGGCCAUGUACGGCUUUACCCAAUGGCAGCCCUGGAUGACCGUGAGGCCGAGUUUCACAAGAUAGCGGAGACCAAAGGCUGCCAAACUCUGGUUUCAGGCACGAUCAGACACGGAUCUCUCACGUACCUCUUUGUGUCCAUGAAAAAACCUGACAAGGUGAUGAUCUACGAGCUUAACAAGAGCAAAACGCGCCAUCGGAAGCUGCGGGAUAUCCUCAUCCCGGGAUCCGUGCAUUGGAUGGGGCUCCAGGGUGACAAGCUCUGCGUGGGCUUCCAGUCCAGGUUCCUUCGCUUUAAUCUUCAGGGGGAUGAACCUCCCUUUAGCCUCCUCCACCCUGACGAUCACACCCUGGCCUUCAUCGAGCAGCUGAGACUGGACGCUCUCUGCGCAGUGGAGAUCUCCAGUAAAGAGCUGCUCUUGUGCUUCAGCAGUAUCGGCGUGUACGUGGACUGUCAGGGCAGACGGUCACGACAGCAGGAACUGAUGUGGCCGGCUACGCCCACCGCAUGUCGUUAUAAUGCACCUUAUCUGUCAGUGUAUAGUGAGAAUGCAGUGGAUGUAUUCGACGUCAACACUAUGGAGUGGAUUCAAACGAUGCCUUUGAAAAGGGUUCAUCCUCUGAACGCUGAUGGCUCUCUAAACCUGCUGGGGCUGGAGACCGUACGGCUCGUCUACUUUAAAAACAAGACAGCAGAGGGAGAUGAGCUGGUGGUGCCAGAGACAUCUGAUAAGAGCCGCAAACAGAUGGUGCGCAGUAUGACGAGCAAACGCCGCUUUUCGUUCCGCGUGCCGGAGGAGGAGAGAGUUCUGCAGAGGAGGGAGAUGCUGAGAGACCCAGAAAUGAGGAAUAAGUUAAUUUCCAACCCAACAAACUUCAACCAUGUGGUUCAUAUGGGCCCGGGAGAUGGGAUCCAGAUCCUGAAAGAUCUGCCAAUGCCCGGUUCUCCUCUCCCCUCUCCUCAUCUGCGCCUCAUCUCCAUCCCUACAAGCUUUGAGCAUGUCUAUCACAUGACUGUCACCUCUGCUGACAACUUCCUGUUCCAGGACUCCUCCCCUCUCUCCUUCCACUCCCUGUCCCUCAGCUCCGCCCCUGGGACCCCUGCCUCCAUCUGCUCUCUGAAUGUGCGUCCUCAGGAGAGCCGUGGUGUCCUGGGAGCAUCCGUCAGUAUCCCUUCCAUCAGCAAGGCCAGGCCUGAACCGGGACGAUCUAUGAGCGCCAGCAGCGGCCUGGGCACACGCUCCUCUUCUCAAAAUGGCAGUGCACUGAGACGGGACCUUUCCGUUGGCAGCUACGGUUCCACCAAACGGCAGAUGACAUCACCUUCUGAUGGCUCGCUGUCAUCCGGAGGAGGCAUGGACUGCGGGGGUGAUGCUCCCUUGUCCCAAUUUGACAGAGAGGACUCAGACUCUCCACGUCACUCCACGGCCUCCAACAGCUCCAACCUGAGCAGCCCACCGAGCCCUUCAUCCCCACACAAGAGCAAGACUCAGUCUCUGGAGCGUGGUGAGCACCUGGGCUGGGAGACAUGAGCUCGGCCCCUAUCCCACUUCCUUCUGACAUCCUUUGGGGGCCCGAGAGUCACGCGUAUACCCGAGACUGAGAGCCGACUCCUUAUACAUCAUAUUCCAAAACACGCCGCUGGGCCCAGGUGUGUGUAAACAGUGUGUAUUGGUGUGCAUAUGCAUUACAUGUGUGAUAGUUGUACACACGCACAUUACUGUGCACCUUACAUUCAUUUUGAGUGGACCCAUCACCACUGUUCCUGUUCCUGUGUUGGAUGGGGGAACAGACCACUGAGUGUAGCUUAUAACCUACCGCCACCGGUGUGAACUUGGUCAAAAAUGACAAACACAGCGCUUUAACGUGAAUUUAUCAGUGUUUGUUGACAAGUGUGCCUCAUCUAACACAAGAAAAAAUAUGCAUUCAAAAAUUUUUAUGGACCGGGGGGGUGUUACUUUAAAUGCAUAACGCUAAACAUCAUGAAAAAAAUUCAUCGAGGAUCAUGGAAAACUGUUCCUGGCAUUCCAAUCCAUGUGAUAAAACAUGGACACUUCAAUUGAGUUUAGCCCCAAUCGAUAGAGCGGCACUACUGUAUAACUCAGCCUCUACCCUCCAGUGCCAUGCUGACCUUCACAGUCAGAGGUCAGAGUUCAAGAACAGAUUCUGAGUUCAAUAAUGUAAAUAGAGUUUAAGUAGAGUAUAAUAUAUAUUCUGUUGUUAAAUAAGUGACUUGGCUUUGAGAGAGUCUUCUUUCCUUUUUAUUUUCUGUGUCAAGAUUCUAGUCAAUUAUGCAGAAAUUUUAUGUCAAUUUAAGCAUUAUUUUGUCAAGAUAUGCUAGUUUUUCGUAAUUCCACUAAAACUGUCAAGACUUGCAAGGGAACACUACAUAAAAAAAUUGGGCCUCAUUCAUAAAACACAAGGAGAAUAGUUUUUGUGUAAAUUGUUCGUAAAGCCAUUAUUAUGUACAAUUUUCCAUUGAAUAUGACGUAAACAGACUUGCAAUGAAAAUGUUCAUAAAAACAUUGCUGUGUAAAUUGUUGCAUUAAACAUUCACAUUCAUAAAAUCAGUUUGUAUAUAAUUGAACUGAAAGCAAGGUACAUAAGGCCACAGCGAAUUGUUCAUAAAACAAUUCUUGGAAAUAGUCACAUUGAAUGCAAGAUUUACAAGCUCGCAAUAAAAUUUUAUAAAACCGUUCUUGCAUAAAUUGUCGCAUUAAAUGCAAGAUUCACAAACUUGCAAUAAAAUUUUAUAAAACCUUUCUUGCAUGAAUUGCUGUAUUAAAUAUAAGAUUCACAACUCGCAAUAACAUUUUAUAAAACCAUCCUUGCAUAAAUUGUUGCAGUCAAUGCAAGAUUCACAAGCUUGCAAUAACAUUUUAUAAAACCGUUCUUGCAUAAAUUGUCGCAUUAAAUAUAAGAUUCACAACUUGCAAUAAAAUUUUAGAAAUCCAUUCUUGCAUAAAUUGUUGCAUUCAAUGCAAGAUUCACAAGGUUGCCAUUAAAUUUCGCCACAAGGUCUCAAAUCAAUCAUAUGUAAAUUGUCAUUUGAACAAGACUAUCAUAAAAUUGUUUGAAAUAAUUCUUGAGUGAAUUUUUGCAUGGAAUGUGAGAUAGAGAAAGCUACAGUGAAAAUGUUUGUAAAAAACAUUCUUGUGUACACUUGCAUUAAAUACGACAUUUACAUUAAAUACAACAUUCACGAGGGCGGCAGUCUUAAAUUUAGUGAAUCGUUGAAUGGAAUUUUAAAUCAAGCAAUAUUUAACAUUUAACAAAACUAGAGAACCCAAGAAUGUUUUCUAAGAACGAUUUACAUGAACGCAGUCUCCUAGUGUUUCAUGAAUGUUGUUGCAUAUUGUGAGCAAGAUCUAUCAUUCAGAGAGAUCAAGAUGUGUAAAUCGCUAAAUCCAUAUUAAACACGUACAGUCAUGUGAUCAUAAGCUGUUGUGCUGAAUGUAACAGAUUCACUGCAGCCUUGUUCAUGUUACUCUUGCCUACAUCUGUGCUUCACGGUUCUGUUACCGAAGCAAUAAUGCUGUUUCCAAAGAGGUGUUUUUCUUUAAAUAUUAAUUAUGAUUAUUAGUCUUUUAGUAUUUUAUUUUGUGUUGUAUAGUUUUGUUUUCCAACUCACAAGAACCAAACUUUGCCUAAGGUGUACAUGUGAAUGUAACGUAGUGUAACCUGGACCACUAGAUUAAGAGCAUUUCAUGUUUGUGCAACACUAAACUCAUCAGGUGAAGCAUUCAAAGGGCUUCAACGCUUCAAACUCACUUCCUCUAACACUCAUAAUGACUCAACAGGGACCCCGAGGACCGGCAGGAGAUUAGGUAAUUUAAUAUUAAUAUAAAUGAAAUCGAGGACGUACAGUAAAGCUGCUGUAGUGAUGUUUUAAACAUGCAGGGUCAGACUAUCAAACAUCCCUGAACCUCAGAAUACCUCAGAUUAGAGAGCAAAGCCAUUACGACUCCAACAGAACCUCAGCACAACAAUUGUAGCUGUACCUCUGUCUGGUUACAUACACUAAUUGGCAUUUAGGAAUUAUUCACAUGCACUACUGCUUGCUUUUGCGAAGCAUAUUUAUAUCAGAUUUGAUUUCUUUAAAGCACAUAAUUCAGAUUCAGACUCUUGUAUAUCUAGAUGCUGUUCUGAAUUCCCAAAUAUUACCAGAUUGUUUUUAGGAAUAGCUCACUCAAAAAUCUAAAUGUACAUUUAAUCACCCUUACGUUUUUGCAAACCUUUAUAGCUUAUUUUGUCCUAUAUAUAUAUUAGGCUAAAAGUAGUCAGAUUAUAUUAGCUAAAAUGUGUAAUGUAAUGGAUUACAUUGUUGACUACACUUUUUCAACAUGUAAUUUGGGAUCAGUAAUGGACUACACUUUGUAGCCCCUUUUUUUUUUUAUUCCUUCAAAAAACAAAUGUUACUUGAAAUUAAAAGCAUUAAAUAUUGCUGAAAACGCUGCAUAAAAAUCAAAUAUAAAAAUAUGAUAACGAGUAAGUCUUGGGUUUAGAAUGACAGAUAUUUUUUAUUUUUGAGUGAACUAUUCUUUUUUUUUUUUUUUUUUUUUUUAAGUACGCUGAAAAAAUGAAUGACCUUUCAGUAUUGAAGCACACCCAAGUACAGAAGUAAUGAAAGUUUGUGCAUAUGUAUCUGUGGUUUUAUUCAUUCUAGUAUUGCCAGCAUUUUGUAUGCUCCAUUAUAUGCAAGCACUAUUGAAACCUUCACUGUGGAGCAAACUCGGCACAUUGUUUUUAAAUCAAAAGCUCAGAUAUCACUCGGGACCUUAGUUAAGCAUUUGCUCAGAUCAUUGAUCAUGGUUCACUCCAAACAGACAAAAAAAUAUUAUUCAUAAUAUAGGUUUUUUCUAAUAAGACUGUAACGGGUUAGAAUCAAUUUGCCAGGGUUAUGGUAUUAACAUGAACAGGAAACCUGUUUGAAAUGUUCUCAGGUAUGUCAGAACCAAGGAUUAUAUGUUUGCAUGGAGGAAAAUGGAGAUGGUAGAAAUGACAGACGUCGUUUGAUCUUUAGGACUGUUACUAAGCAAAGAAUAGAUCAAUAUUAGAGCGGGAGGUGCCUUAGUUUUCUUAGAUCAGUGUAAACUGGUCAGCGUUGGUAGAAUGAGAGAUGAUGACUGGAGAUUUGUUAAAAGACACAUUCACACUUGCAUUUCACAUGAGGAUUUUGUUUGCCUUGUUAGUGAAUUGCUACUUCAUAUCAUAUAAUUUCUUCUUGAUUUUGAUUUUUGUAAGACUGUGUACAGAUUUGCAUGUUAUAGGUGUAAUCACUUGUUUUAAGGACUAUACGGCUGGAUUGUUUUAUUUCUUAUUGUAUUUUAUUGAAUGGUUGGGAUGUGAACAUGAAUUACUCCAUACUGCAAUGUAGACCUUUUCUUAUUUCUUUUUUGCACAAGUGUAUUUAAGGUGGAAUACUGUUAUUUGUAUUGGUUUGGACACCACUUUUCACAUGGAAAGCUCAUUAUCAGACUAUUUCAAUAAAAUUGGGAACUACA